GUGACAUAAUGAGGGGAAAUCGUGAAAUGGAGCUGCCAGAGGACUUCUGGAUACCCAUCUCUCUGGACACCAAUAACAUCACGUCACUCAGUCCCUUCCUGGUUCCUCAGGACCACUUGGGCAACUCCAGCAUUUUCUAUGCCAUGGCAGCAUUUAUGUUCUUUUUAUUCGUUGUUGGCACUGCCAUUAACGCCCUCACGGUUGCAUGCACCAUCCAGUACAAGAAGCUUCGUUCCCACCUCAACUACAUCCUGGUGAACUUGGCUGUGGCAAACCUUCUCGUGUCCUGUGUGGGCUCCUCUACUGCCUGCUGCUCCUUUGCAUUCAGAUAUUUUGUCUUUGGACCUCUGGCAUGCAAGAUUGAAGGCUUUGUGGCCACACUUGGUGGCAUGGUUAGCCUGUGGUCUCUAGCUGUGGUAGCUUUUGAGAGAUGGCUGGUCAUCUGCAAGCCACUUGGUAACUUUAUUUUCAAGCCCGACCACGCUUUAGCUUGCUGUGCAUUCACCUGGGUGAUUGCAUUGAUUGCCUCAAUUCCUCCACUCGUAGGAUGGAGCAGGUACAUCCCAGAAGGCCUGCAGUGCUCCUGUGGUCCAGACUGGUACACCACAGACAACAAAUACAACAAUGAAUCUUAUGUUAUGUUCCUUUUUGGCUUCUGCUUUGCUGUUCCCCUCAUCACCAUUAUCUUCUGCUACACCCAGCUCCUCGUUACCUUGAAAAUGGCAGCAAAGGCCCAGGCUGAGUCUGCCUCCACCCAGAAAGCAGAGAGGGAGGUGACCAGGAUGGUGGUCGUCAUGGUGCUGGGCUUCCUGGUGUGCUGGUUGCCUUACGCCUCUUUUGCUCUUUGGGUUGUGAAUAACCGUGGGCAACCAUUCGACCUGAGAAUGGCGACCAUACCCUCCUGCUUCUCGAAGGCCUCCACAGUGUACAACCCUGUUAUCUACAUUCUCCUCAACAAACAGUUCCGCUCAUGCAUGAUGAAGAUGCUGGGGAUGGGCGACGGUGAGGAGGAGUCCUCAACCACACAGUCGGUGACUGAAGUAUCCAAAGUCGGCCCUGCUUAGACUGAACAUGAACCCUGGUGACCUCCCUGUCAGCAAUGACAGUGAAUUGUAAAUACCAAUAAAUUUAAGUGUGUUUCUCAUGUGAAGA